AUGGACAAUGUAAUAGACCUUAAGAAAGAAUUAUAUAUCGCCCUCCAAGAUUCUUCUGAGAUAGUCUCAUAUAAUGCUAAAUUGCAGGAUAGUUGUAAAGAAGUAUCAUCACCAUUAUAUGCAGAUUGCAUUGUUAUACGAUCCUUUAUAGUGGUUGGAAUGAGAUUUUGCGGUGGUCAUAAAUUUAAAAAAUCAGAUAUCAUCACUCUUGAACCAGAACUUUCUAAUAUGCAUGUUAUAAAUGCAAUAAAAGUUAUUGUAGAUGGUAUCUAUAAAGCCUAUGUGGCAAAGAAUAAAAAUGAAAACAUUGGAGAUUUAAUGAAAUGA